AUGGAUGCUGUAGCCAAGGGGAUAUUCGGGGAACACUUCACUCUCAAGCCUGACCAGCGGGAAGCGCUACAGUGUUUGGAGGACGGGAGAGACCUGUGGGUCCAGCUCCCCACUGGACAUGGAAAGUCGGCGAUUUUCACCGUCUUUCCGAUAUGGAAAUCAAAGGUGCAAGGUGAGCCACAGCAAGUUGAUCCCACCCACUUCAUCUUCAACAUUGACAACGCUGCCUCCAUCAAUCAUGUCAUUGUCUUCCUCACAGGUGCUGCAGCUUUCCCGGAGGGUACAGGAGCGGCGGUCCACUUCGGCCAGCCCAGCCCCACCGGAAUGACGUGGCACAACCUGGGUUACAUCUCCAAUGAGAAACCCAGUGUUAUCUUUAAGAUAUCGGGACUAAAAAAUAUGCAAUCAACACCAAACAACUUCUUUACACAAGCACAACAGGCCAAUGCACUGCUCCCCUCCACUUCAGCCCAUAUAGGGAUUGCUGUUGAGCCUCUGACAGAGUUGAAGCAGCAAACACCUGCAGCAAAUACACAAGCAUCAAAUGUAGAAUCCUUUGUACAAUUCACCCAGAAGAUGCUGGAGAACUUCUACAACUACGCCUCUUCUUUCGCCAUCAGCCAAGAUCAGAUGACCCCUCAACCAGGCAUCCAGUACCUUCCCGCUGAUGUCCUUACCAAGUGGUAUGAAACCUUCCAGAGAAGACUCACGCAAGAUCCAAACUUCUGGAAGAAAUGAGAUGAAAAUUGUACAACAGCGGUCAUACUGACGCUCAUGUGCAUGCAAAAAUGCUGAAAUGCUAGACUACAUGUAUCAGACUUUUGAACUAAAGCAUUUAAUCAUACUUUGCCAGUCUACAUGUAUCAGAAUUUCAGGGUCAGUAUUUCAUCGUCCUUUGCUUUGAAAGAGAGAAAGGUAGUAGAAACGAGUGAGGUCCUGAAGAUCAAAUUUCUGACUGCAGACUUACGAUGUGCGCACGUCUCAGGAAGUCAGAUGGCAUGAAGGGCAUCACCUCUUAACCAAGGUCAUGUGGGGCUAUUGCUUCGAGGACAAAGAUCCUUGCUUUGCUUUUAAGAGAGCAGUGAAGAUGGAUGCAUCACUGUAGUUUGACACAAAGCAAGAGCAAAACAUGAAAUUUUCUGAUUUAAAGAUGGCAUUUUAUUGAAAGCAAAUGCGCAGAAAUAAGAGUUUCAUGCAUGGAAACAAGCAAUGCUAUGCAUGUGGACAGGCUAUACGCAGAGGAAGUUUGAUCUAGUUACAAACUGACAGAGAAAAUCAUAAUGAUGUUGCAUAUAUAUCACUGCAUGUAAAACAUGUUUAUAAGCUUUGAACCAAAGACAGAAAGUGAGCUUUUUGAAAGAUAGCGUAUGAUUACCAAAUGAAGAAAAUACUUUAACCUUAGUCAUACUCUACAUGUAGUUAAUUGUUCUCUGUUCAAGUACUUCCAUUGGCAGUGGAAUGAAUUUAAUGUCAUAAUAGCUGGUACAUGGACAUGUAUUGGACAUAAAAAUGUUGCAUUCUAGAAUAAAUGAAGCAGGGACUGUUUGAGUAAUUUUAGACUCCAGUUAAUGUCAUUUAAUGAGGCUGUGGUACUCUAAAUUAAACAUACAUGUAUUGGCCCGUAUUCUGAACUCAAGCCUAAUUAAAACUUUGAUCUCAUGUUGUGGUUUAACUAUGGAUAGCCAAUUGAGAUGCAAAAAUUUAAACAGUAAAGGUUCAAUUUUAAUAUCAGCUCAUUUGACACUCAAUUCAUUCAAAAUUUCUAGACAAGUAAAAUAGGGUGUUUUUUCACCACUAAGAGCAUUCAGGAAAAGCAAAGAAAUAAGAAAAAUAAGAAUGCAAUGUGAACAACAUGUUAACAUUCUCAGCUUCCCAUAAUCUUGGCACAAAGUUGGACCAUAGCUAACUAAAGUGAUGGUUCGUGGAGGCUCUGUUUUGCUAUUGCAUAUUCAUUUAUCAGAUCCUGAUCUAUAGGAAUACUCAUAAAUAUUCAAGAUCUUGAGCUGCAAUCCCAGCAUAUGCACAAUUUUGCGUUUACGAUGUUUUGAAAUCGGCAGUGAAUUGAUAUGUGUGAGGAAAUUGCUACUGUCUCUAAAUCACCAAUUUUGAGAGUGAUCGGAGGAUGGACACGGAGUGAAAUUAGAAUGAAAUGUAGGCCUAAUGAAAUGUAAGAAUAUUUGUUGUGUACCAAUUGUAAGGUCAUUUUGUUACAUGAGUUUUAUGUUUUCCCCAUAUAAAAUGACACCUUUGUCACUUGGAGUAUCAGAGCAAGUUAUUCAUUUUGAGGGUUCUGGUAGGUGUAGCAGUGGUAAAGUGUAGUGGAGCAUCAAGAAUCUACACUCGAGGUAGACCGUAGCCUAAGUUAAACUGGACUUCAGAAUUCGGGCCAGUGGCUGCUGGUACUCGAUUUUGAUUGGAAGUAUCAUUAGCAGCAGACUUGGAUGAUAUAAUGAUUAUUUAUUUGCUCUUGUAAUGCUAAAUAUUGCUACCAUAUCACCUUUAUACUGUUACUCCCAGAGGUAGGUGUCACAAUGUAUGCAAGUGAUAGUAUUUUCAUCAGAACAGAGGGUUGUAACACCAUGGACCUACUAGCAAACACAAAGGCCCAUAUUCUGAAGUUAGGUUUAAAUUAAACUCUGGUUUUAAGUUGUGGUUUACUAUGGAUAGCCAAUUGUGGCAUAAAUCUUUAAUGUUAAAAGGUUCGAUGUAUCAGCUCAUUUGGCUCUCAAAUCAUUCUUAACUGCCUGGGAAGGGUAAAUAAGAUAGUCUACAUUCAAGAAUUAGAAAGAAAAAAACAGUGAACAUAAGAAAGAUACAAUGUAAACAACUUCGGACAUUUUGGCUUCCCAUAAUUUUAGCACAUAGUUUAUAGACCAGGGUCUAAUGAAACCCGACUUCAGAAUACGGGCCAAAGGGUUGUAACACAAUCAAUAUUCGCAGUUGAUUGUAAGGUUUUGAACAUGGUUUGUUUUAGACUUAAAUAUGGCUACUUUAUAUAUUGAAUGCACAUCUUUUGUGAUUCAGGGCCCAGUGUUUUGAAGCCAAUGUUGUAUAAAUUCUCUGUUCCAUAUUUGAAAUAGGAAGACUUGAUUUUGAGCUGCUCUCGAUUUCAACUGAUUCCUAUCCUGCUCUCCGCUAAUCUAAUGAUCGGGAUUUCAGAUCUGAUAGUGGAACAGGGGUUUAAUCCUCAGGCACCCAUACAGAGUUAACAUAAAAAUUCACUUUUAGGCAAGUCUGUAGAGUGUAAGAUGUAUCAAUUAAUUAGAAGUUGCCUAAAUCAGGCGAAGCUAUGUAUAUGUCUUAUGAACACUUUUUAUUAUUAUUUCUUACACAGAAGGUUGAAAAGUGAGACUAAAAAUGUAAUCAAGGUGUGGUAUUUGAUAUGAGUGUAUAUAUUCUAGUUGGGGAAAAGUGCAUUAACAACAUCCUUUUUGUUUGGUAUGAAUAUUAAUUCACAUUCUUAAGAAAUCUGUACCAAAAGUGAAUUGAAAAAGUCCUAUUUUAAAUUUUACACCCAUUUUCAGGGGGUGCUGCCUAUGAUGUAUAACAUACACAGCGCUCCCUACCUGUAGUAAUAAUAAUGAUAUUAAUAAUAAUACAAACAUUUGUAAUGCGCCGCCAGGUAUCCAUCAUAAAAAGAUGCUCAUGGUGCAAUACGAGAAGAAAAAGAAAAUUGAAAACCUCUAAAUAAGGGGGAAGUAAAGCUUGUGUGAAUAACCAGGUUUUCAGAGAACUUUUGAAAGUGGUGAGACUAGAAAUAUUGCGGAUGUCUUUUGGAAGUUGGAAGGUUUGGAUUUAGUCGAAUUGUGAGAACUUUUGAAAAUGGUGAGACUAGAAAUAUUGCGGAUGUCUUUUGGAAGUUGGAAGGUUUGGAUGUAGUCGAAUUGUGAGAACUUUUGAAAAUGGUGAGACUAGAAAUAUUGCGGAUGUCUUUUGGAAGUUGGAAGGUUUGGAUGUAGUCGAAUUGUGCUUCCUCGGGCCAAGGUAACAAGGUACUGUACAAUCUGCCAGAGGAAAUCAAGUUUCUUUCAUCUAAACUAAACUUGCACGGUUUUCUUGUAAGAUUUUAAGUGACAAGUGUAAAAAAAAAUGUCAUUCCUGUAUAGAAUGGGAAGAGUUAGGUAGAGCUCAUUGUUAGUCUGCAGGCACAGACCCUGAUUGAAACUUUGAUCAACAAGUGGGUCUCCAUGCAAAGACUAGCACAUUCAAAUACUGUUUCAGGGCCUUCAGUACACAAGGCUAUGCAAUUCGAGUCAAGGGUUUGCACAGCAGACUAGCUCACUGUAGGGCCUUUGCCUUUCCCUCUUGUAAUUCUACAUCUGUAAUGCACUAAUACUGUGCUUUAAUCCUUUGUUUUAUAUUCCAUGGUGUGUCUGUUUUUAUUAUUUGGUUGGUAUAGGGGUGGGGUAAACUUACACCUUAAAACAUAUUAUCUUAAACUAUUCAUGACAAGGUAACAUAGAACAUUUUUCGUAAAAUUAUUUUGGUAAGUGCUUGGGUUAUACAUGUAUUUUUUUCUAAAGUUGCAUGUGUUGGAUAUUGUAUUUUUUGCAUGAAAUUGAAACAAGAAUACUAAUAAAAUUCACAGUACUUUUAUCAUUUA